AAAUAUACUAUGUUUGAAGGCAGCUUUCCUGCAGUUGUAAUUGAUAUUGGCUCCGGUACCUGCAAGGCUGGUUUCGCAGGAGAUGAUAUUCCUCGGGCAAUCUUCCCUUCUAUAGUAGGCCGGCCUCGUUAUCUGGCUGUAAUGUUAGGGAUGUGUCAUAAAGACACAUAUAUUGGAGACGAAGCUCAACAUAAACGCGGCGUUUUGACUUUGAAGUACCCUGUCGAGCACGGCAUUGUUACUAGCUGGGAUGACAUGGAAAAAGUGUGGUACCAGACAUUCUACAGAGAACUUCAAGUAUCACCAGAAGACUAUCCUGUGCUUCUCACUGAAGCCCCUCUUAAUCCUAAGUCUAACAGAGAAAUAAUGAUUCAGAUGAUGUUUGAACAUUUUAAUGUCCCAGCUAUCUACGUGGCUAUCCAGGCUGUACUCGCGCUGUAUUCAUCUGGUCGUACUUCCGGGAUUAUUUUAGAUAGCGGAGAUGGCGUAUCUCACACAGUUCCCGUCUACGAAGGCUAUGCAAUGCCACAUGCCGUGAUUCGUUUGGAUUUGGGCGGAAGAGAUCUCACAGAUUAUUUAAUAAAGAUCCUGACGGAACGUGGCUACAACUUUGAAACUUCUGCCGAAAGAGAAAUAGUUCGUGAUAUAAAAGAAAAAUUAUGCUACGUCGCCUUUGACUACUAUCAAGAAAUGGCCUUAGCUGCAACCUGCAAUAGUCUAGAGCAGUCUUACGAACUUCCCGACGGCCAGAUUGUUACUCUUGGUAACGAAAGGUUUCGUUGUCCAGAGUGUCUUUUCCAACCGUCUUUUAUAGGAAUGGAAUCCUGUGGUAUCCACGAGGUCACAUAUAAUUCAAUAAUGAAAUGUGAUGUUGAUAUUCGUAGAAAUUUAUAUGCUAAUAUUGUCUUAUCUGGGGGGUCUUCCAUGUUUCCUGGUCUGGGUGAGAGAAUGCAAAGAGAAGUAUCAUUAAUUGCUCCGGUCACAAUGAGAGUUAAUGUAAUUGCUCCUCCAGAAAGAAAGUAUUCCGUAUGGGUCGGCGGUUCAAUUCUUGCAUCUUUAUCGACUUUUCAACACCUGUGGAUUUCUAGGCUGGAAUACAACGAAUAUGGCCCCGGCAUUGUUCACCGUAAAUGUUUUUGAUUUUUUUUAAAUUAAAAAUUGAAUAUAAAU